UUGUUAUUUCUAACAUCAGAAGCUCGAAUCCUCCGAUUGAUCUCUCUGUUCGUUUCUUCCAAACCCUAGAAAACUUGAAUGGAGGACGCUGAUGGACUCAGCUUCGAUUUCGAAGGCGGUCUCGAUUCCGGACCUGCUCAGCCCUCCGCUUCAGUCCCGGUUGCUCCGCCUGAUAACUCUUCCUCCGCCGCUGUUAACGUAGCACCGACCUACGAUCACUCCUCCGCGACGGUGGCUGGAGCUGGCAGGGGAAGAAGUUUCCGGCAGACUGUUUGCAGACACUGGCUUCGAGGUCUGUGUAUGAAAGGUGACGCCUGUGGGUUUCUCCACCAGUAUGACAAAGCUCGUAUGCCAAUCUGCCGAUUUUUCCGGUUAUACGGUGAAUGUCGAGAGCAGGAUUGUGUGUAUAAACAUACCAAUGAAGAUAUCAAAGAAUGCAAUAUGUACAAGCUGGGAUUUUGUCCCAAUGGUCCUGAUUGUCGGUACAGGCAUGCAAAGCUUCCUGGACCUCCACCACCUGUUGAGGAAGUUCUUCAGAAGAUACAACAAUUGACAUCAUACAAUUAUGGGCCAAAUAGGUUCUAUCAACCACGGAAUGUUGCUCCACAGCUACAAGAUAAACCUCAGGGGCAAGUUCUGACGCAAGGCCAGCCACAAGAAGCAGGUAACUUGCAGCAGCAACAACAACAACAACCUCAGCAGUCACAACACCAGGUCAGCCAGACUCAGAUACCAAAUCCUGCUGAUCAAACAAACAGAACAUCUCAUCCUUUGCCUCAAGGGGUAAAUAGGUAUUUUGUAGUUAAGAGUUGCAAUCGAGAAAAUUUUGAAUUAUCUGUGCAACAAGGAGUAUGGGCUACGCAAAGGAGCAAUGAAUCUAAACUUAAUGAAGCUUUCGACUCUGUGGAAAAUGUGAUCUUGAUAUUUUCUGUCAACAGGACCCGGCAUUUCCAGGGCUGUGCUAAGAUGACAUCAAGAAUUGGUAGUUACAUUGGUGGAGGAAACUGGAAACAUGAACACGGAACUGCACAGUAUGGCCGGAACUUUUCAGUUAAAUGGUUAAAGUUGUGCGAACUAUCCUUCCACAAAACUCGGAAUUUGAGGAAUCCCUACAACGAAAACUUACCUGUGAAGAUAAGCAGAGACUGUCAGGAGUUAGAGCCCUCCGUCGGUGAACAGCUUGCUUCUUUGCUUUAUCUUGAACCAGAUAGCGAUCUUAUGGCAAUCUCCAUAGCUGCAGAAGCGAAACGAGAAGAAGAAAAAGCGAAGGGUGUGAAUCCAGAGAGCAGAGCUGAGAACCCAGACAUUGUGCCGUUUGAAGACAACGAAGAAGAGGAAGAGGAAGAAGAUGAAAGUGAGGAGGAAGAAGAGAGCAUGGCGGGCGGUCCUCAAGGCAGAGGAAGGGGAAGAGGAAUGAUGUGGCCGCCUCAAAUGCCUCUAGGACGCGGAAUCAGACCAAUGCCUGGAAUGGGAGGUUUCCCGCUUGGGGUAAUGGGCCCUGGCGAUGCAUUUCCCUAUGGGCCUGGUGGAUAUAACGGUAUGCCAGAUCCAUUUGGCAUGGGUCCAAGACCCUUUGGACCGUAUGGACCGAGGUUCGGUGGUGAUUUCAGAGGACCAGUACCCGGGAUGAUGUUUCCGGGUAGACCUCCGCAACAGUUUCCACAUGGCGGUUAUGGUAUGAUGGGAGGCGGACGUGGCCCGCAUAUGGGAGGAAUGGGAAACGCUCCUCGAGGAGGCAGGCCGAUGUAUUAUCCACCAGCAACAUCAUCAGCACGUCCUGGCCCCACCAACCGGAAAACACCUGAGAGAAGCGAUGAGAGAGGAGUGGGGGCGGAUCAACAAAAUCAGGAUACAUCACAUGACAUGGAGCAGUUUGAGGUUGGAAACAGUUUAAGAAACGAAGAGAGUGAAAGUGAAGACGAAGACGAAGCUCCAAGACGAUCAAGACAUGGAGAAGGAAAGAAGCGUCGGUGAGAGAGACUCACACAACAAUCUACGAUUUCUUUUCAAAGUUUGCUUCUCUCCCCUCUAUUUUUGAUUCAAACAUAUUAUAACGUUAGAGUGCAGAUUGUUGGUAAUUUAAAAUCUUUUGUAUUAUGAGACAACAGUUGUUAAUACAACUCUUCUUUCUUUAGUACGUAUUUUACUCUAAUAA